AUGCAAUCCGAUAUAGACACAAGACAAUUAAAAACAAACUUCGAGUGUAAAAAAAAUGUUUUAUGCCAACUUGAAGAAAAACUAUCUACGUAUGAGGAUGACUUGAGUAAAAAGAAAGAGAUGCAAAACCAGGUCUGCAAGUUGAAAGAAUGGUUAGAAGAAAUCCAACAUAAAAGUAAUAAAAUGAACAACGAUAUGAUAAAUAAUUUGGACGUUCAAACAGAAAAGUUAAAUAAAGUGGAGGCGACCGAGUGUAUGUUGAGAAAUGAAAACAAAAAACUACUCGAUGUCAACGAUCGUACCGGUCAUCAACUAAGUGACUUAAAAAAACAGGAACAAAAGCUCCCAAUGGAAAUAGAAGAUUUGAAAAUUCGCAAGGAUUGUAUUCAAAACGAUAUUUGUAAUGCUAAGGUAAUAUACUUACAUAUAAUUUAAUAUUUUAUUUAUAAUAAUAAUUUUAAUAAUGUUAAUAUAAUUCAUUAGAGUUUUAUAACCUAAAAUAAUUUUAUAAAAUAUUCUUUGUGUAAUUUCAAUGUUUGGGAAUGUAGCUAUGCAAUUUUGAUUGUCUUUGUAAACUUUUACUAAUUCUUCUGCAGAAGCAUACAACUUUGUCUAUCUUUGCAGCGUCCAUCUUCUCUAAGUGAUUCAGAAAUCCAAAUUUUAAACGGACAGCAUCGUAUGCAUUUAAUAUUUUAGUAAGAUAAACACAUAGCUGAUCGAUUACUGGAAUAAAAUUUAACUUUUAAAUUUCUUUUAUGGUGACAGGUUAAUUCCUUGUGGGGCACUUCUUUCGCCAUUCCUUAAAUUUGGUCUUAAUUAUUAGCAAUAGGCAGUAGUGAAAGUAGGAGAAGUUUGGGGGUUGUAGUUCCCCUGAAAUAUGUUAGUAAGUUUUUUUGUGAAUUCUAUGUAGUAUGUAGGAUGUAGUUGUAUGAUUUAUAUACAAAUUUGAAACAUAAUGUUGUGACAUCGUGUACGUGUUGUAUCAGUGGUGCCAAAACAAUAUUAAAAUAGUUGGGCAAACUUUUCAAAAUAGGUAAUACAAACCAACAAUAAUAGAUAGGGUACCUUGUCAACAAUAUACAUGUCACAUUAUUGUAAAAUAUGCAUUAUUAUGCAUAUUAUGCAUUAUAUAUUUUCUUUAAUAAUAUUUGUUUUAUAUUGUAUUUAUUUUCCAGUUUUCUCAUUGGUUGGAAAUACCCUGGGUAAAUCAAAAAAUCACCUUAAAGUACCACUCCAGUUAGAUUUACUUUCAGAAAAGAUGAUAUCAUAGUAAAUCGGAGGGAGCAAAAUUACUGGUAGAAAAGUUGUUCACAGGAGAAAAAAAGGCUGUAAUAUUUAUAAGGCUUUCUCUAUGGAUAGAGCUAAAUGCUUUUUAAAAUUUACAAUUCAUAUGUGCACAUCCUUAUACUCUUUUUUGUAGGAUUUGUCUUAUUAUGAGCAUUUGUUCCGUAGUAAAUUUAUUGGGUUUGAACCAACCUUGGAGAUUCCUAAUUUACUUUUUGCUAUGCCUUACUCUAUCAAGUUGACAAUAUGCUAAGACUUUGUACGUUGUAUCUAAUAAUGCAAUUCCCCUAUAAACACUGCAUUCCUGUGGAUUAUUUUUCUUAUGGAUAGGACAAACUAGUGCAGUGUUCCAGUCCACCGGGAGUCUUUCCUCUAAUAUAUUCUUUCUGUAAUAUUUGCAUACAAUGAUAAAACAAAUAAAUAUUAUUAUGAAUAAAAUAUAAACCAUAAUAUUGGAGAUUUACAUUGUACAAUAUAAAAAAACUGAGGGCUAUCAUUUGUUGGAAUGUAUUUUGUUGGGACUGUAUUUUGUCGGAAAAAUAUUAAGUCAGAAAGUUUUUUUUCUGAAAAAUAAUUCGUCGGAAUAUAUUUUGUCGGAACUGUUCAAUAUAAUUUCAUCAUAAACACUCCCUGACUGCAUGCGUUAUCGUUGUUAGGUAAAAAUUAUUUUCCGACAACAUAUUUUCCAAUAUUUUACGCGCCCCCAAAGAAAUGUCUACACUUCUUAACUUUUUAUUUUUACUUUCUAACCUAACUGAACUUAACCUUUACAAAAAUAUAAAAAAUCAAUUGAAAUAUAAAUAUUUGUAGUCAUUAUCCCUGUGAGUAAAAAAAACAUAAUUUGAUUUAUUAUUAUCUUUAUUAUCUCCGGAGAUAAUACAAUCUCUGUGGGACACUCUGUAUAACCCAAAAUAUAUUUUCGGGCAAUUUCGUUGAUUUGUUUUUGUUUUCAGGUUGAAGUGGAAAAAAAUACGCACCUGGUCGAGAGUUCGUCAAAAACCUUGCAGUGCAGAGAGAAAGAGUGCUGUGAAUUACGGGUCCAACUGGAGGAAUUUAUAACUACGUAUAAUCAAUUGACCGAAACUUGUACACAAUUAACGACGGCCAUAGAAUAUACAACAAAAGACAUUACGGCAAUGAAAUCACGAUUGAAACUAACGGCGCAAAAGUUGAAACACGAAGAAGAUACACUGUCAGACGAAUUGAAUAUUAGAUGUCAAAAACACCACAUGCUGGAGACAGAACUUUGUGAAGCCAAACGUAUGAUAGAUGACGAGAAGUGUAAAAUACAGAAUUCGCAGACUUCAACAGCAGAAUUUCGAGACGCGUGUGAAAGAAACAACCGUGAGAUGAACUCUAAGAUUCGGAAUUUGAAAGAAGAAAAUUGUAUAAAAGCGGAAAGCCUAUGUUGCUUGCAAAAUAGAAUCGUGGAACAGAGCGUGGAGAAUGAGUGCACGACGUCGGAAAUCAAUUCUUUGAAAAAGCAAGUGAUUGCGAAUGAGUGUCUGAUCGAAAGGAUGAGACGGUCGGCAGAGGUUUUUGAGCAACAAAAGAACAGCAAAUGUGAACAAUUGGAAAAAGACACAAAUUUGUUGCUGUGCGAUAUACAAGAGAAAGAAAUGAAAAUAGCCAAUUUGGAGCAUAAGGCCAGAGAGUUGCGAGAAAAACUAAAAAAUCCAGAAUCAACGUGUCAAUCUAUUGCACCUUGUGAUGCGGACAUCACCGUGACUGCGAUGGACAAAAAGCCCGAAUUACGAUUGGUAGAAAAGCUUGGCGAAACCUCUGAAAACACUAAAUUUAUCAGUGAUCUAAAAGAAAUGUAUUGCAGUGAGGGUAAAUCUAAAAUAUGUGCAAAAACGGCUUGA